AUGAGGUGCUUCUUCUUUAUCACUUUAAUCGUGCUCUUUCACAACACAAUGGGAUUCAAAGAUCUCAUCCGGCUCUCCUGCAAGAAAGCUGCAGCUAGUGAUCCCAAUUUGAGCUACAAAUUCUGUGUUUCAAGCCUUGAGGCCGUCCCCGAAAGCCAUGGAGCAGACCUUGAUCAACUUGUGGCCAUUACACUCAACCUCACCAUAUCCAACGCAACCAGCAUCAGUUCCACCAUUUCGAAGCUUUUGAUCGAUAAACAAUUCGACAAGUAUGCAAAGGACUGCUUGCAAGAUUGCUUGGAGCUGUAUUCGGAUGCCGUUCCCACCCUACAAGAAGCUGUUGGUGCCUUCAAGGCCAAGGAUUAUAGUAAAGCUAAUACAGAAGUCAGUGCUGCCAUGGAUGCAUCCAGCACUUGUGAAGAUGGGUUCAUGGAGAAGAAAGGUGAAGUUUAUCCAUUGAAAUUGGAGAAUGAUAACUUCUGCCAAUUGAACGUCAUAUCUCUUGCUUUUAUCAACACAUUAGCUCUGGAUCAUAAAUAA